AUGAGCAUCAAGAAGUGUGUCAAGGAACCGACGGUGUAUCGUAAGAAGGAGGAGAAUGAUUUUCUGGUUGUUGCUAUCUAUGUUGAUGAUCUGUUUGUAACAGGGACUUCACUCAGGAUCAUCAAACAAUUUAAGGAAGACAUGUCAAGGAGGUUUGAGAUGUCAGAUUUGGGAAAAUUAACUUACUAUCUUGGUAUAGAAGUUAUUCAAGGAAUGGAUGGAAUAAGGAUCAAGCAAGAGAGAUAUGCACAAGGAAUUCUUACUGAUGCAGGGAUGGGUUCCUGCAACUCAACUUAUGAACCGAUGGAGCCUGGACUGAGUUUGUCAAAAGCAGAGAAAGAGAAAGAGAUUGAUGCUACAAGAUACAGAAGAACUAUAGGAUGCCUAAGAUAUCUUCUGCAUACAAGACCAGAUUUGUCCUUUUCAGUUGGAGUUCUUAGCCGUUAUAUGCAGAGUCCGAGAGUGUCACAUAGGCAAGCAAUCAAGCAUGUUCUGAGGUAUUUGAAAGGAACUAUGAGUUUUGGUUUAUUCUUUAAGAGGGAUGGAUCAAGAAGAGUUACGGGGUACAGUGACAGCAGUCACAACAUUGACAUUGACAAUGGAAGGAGCACCACAGGUCAUGUUUUCUACUAUGGUUCAUCGCCUAUUACUUGGACAACGCAGAAAUAG